AUGAAGGCGAACAUUACUACACGACACGGCUUCAGAAUGUCAUUGCACGUUGGCUCUGUCACAGGGAAGGCACUAACAGGAGCAGUGACAAGAGUAAUGGGGAAGUUUUUAGCAAACCAGAAACAUUGGGCCAGCUGCACCCUUUUUGUCCACCGCACUCGGAGUCACUUUGUGCUGAAGUCUCCAAGCGUUCAUGUGAUACCUGAGGGACACAUUUUGGCGCUUCCGCUUCUCAACACAAAAAUGGAGAGAAUGCAAGAGGGCUUCAACAAUUCACAGUGUUCCCCCAUUGCCAGGGAGGCACAUACUAUUUCAUGUACUGUACCUCUGACGAUUCCAUACAGUACGGCGUUGCGUUGUACAGGGGGUGGUUUAGACAAAACCGAAGUGGAGAUUUGCUUUGCCGUGCCUACUGAGGAGAUGGUGAAUGCCGGCGUGGUGGCUGCAAAUGGAUGUUAA